CGCAGAGCCCAGAGCUCCAGCUCCAAGGCAAACAAAAGGAACUGCCAGGGCUCCUAUGGUGGGGGCUAGCACCUUCAUACCGGGGCUGAACCCUCAGCAUCCUCACUAUCUCCCGGGGUACUCUGGACACUGCCCACUACUUCGGUUCAGCAUGGGCCAGACCUAUGGGCAGGCUACAGGGCAGCUACUCCAAGGUGCCCCAGGCCUGGCCUGGCCCCCUGCCCGCCGCACACUUCUGCCUCCCAUUCGGCCACCAAAAUCUCCUGAGACUCCCAAAGGCAGCCUGCCUGUCAGGCGUGGUCACGAAAGGCUCAGCUCCAGCCUGGUCCCAGGAUACACAGGUUUCAUACCACAGGCACAGUUCAUCUUUGCUAAGAACUGCAGCCAGGCCUGGGCUGAGGCUCUGAGUGAUUUCAAUCAGAGGUCCACGAGACGGGGAAAACAAGGACGGCUGAAGGAGGCCAAGGGAGAAAAAGACUCGGAGCAAGACCAAGAACCAAAGCUGGAGGUGGAGAAGGACCCAGAACUGGGGCAGAAGUUAGAACAAGCUUCUCCCUAUUCCAUGGAUGACAAAGAUCCUCAAAAAUUCUUCAUGUCAGGCUUCACUGGCUACGUGCCUCGUUCGCGUUUCCUCUUCGGCUCCAGCUUCCCAGUGCUUACCAACCUGGCACUGCAGGAGUUCAGGCAGAUGCAUAUGCAUGGAAGCACCAAGGGUGUCACAUGCCCCCCAAUGUCCAGGAUCUACCCUCAAAACCUGGGCCUUUUACCUCACUAUGGAGGCUAUGUGCCAGGGUACAAGUUCCAGUUCGGCCGCACCUAUGGGCACUUCACCCAGGAUGCCCUGGGUCUCAGCACCAUAGAGAAACAGCUCCUGGCAUAGGCACCUACACUCUCCUUUGCAUCUAUCUCCAUAUCCUCUUGAAGGGAAGAGAGGUAGGCGGAGGGUGAGGGGACAGCCAAAGAGAAACUGGUCUGGAGGCCAAGCACCUUUUUUAUUAAUAGGUAUAAUAAAUAAAUAAAUAAGUACAUAAACAGAA